AGGGAUGUUUUGAGUUUUGAUGUACCAUAGGAUAUAAAUAUUACUCCUAUUUUAUAGGAGAUUAUAGGAGAGAAAGAGAAUAUAAUUUGAAGAAAAAAAAAGGAAAAGAGAAAUGAUUGGGGGAAAGGAGAGGUGAAGCAGGAGGCAUUUAAGACCUUGUGCCCCAUCCGUCCAUGCUCCAAGAAUCUCGUGCCAAAUCUUCCUUUUUUGUAUUUACAAAACUCAACAACAAUUACACUCCUCCCUCUCUCUCUUUUUCCUGAUCAUAAUACAAGGAAAAAGAAAGAAGAGGGGAUUUAUCAUUAGAAGACGUUACUUUUUAUUCCUCUAUCAGCACGCGCCUUGACAACACAAAAUUUGACUACUGGUGACAGCCUAUAUAAAGUUGUUUGUGGGGCUGUCAAAAUAGUACAUCUAUAUUGGCAGCCCAAUUUCUUCCAAGAAAACAGAACACCAACUUCAACAAAGAGGAGGAAAACGUUGUUAUAUGAAUGAGAGUGGUUUGAUAUUACAACAUAAUACCCGGUGUAAUUCCACAGUUGGAGUCUGGAGAGGGCGAGGAGUACCCAUACCUUACCGACCUUUGUGAAGAUCGAUAGACUGUUUCCGAUAGACCAUCCGCUCAAGUAAAUUUUAAAGCAGGUUUGAAAAGAAAUUUGAUUCAGUUGUAAGUAUAUCAUCAUGGCUUCCUUGUCUGGAAUUCUCCAAAGACCUGUAGUUGCAGCAUCUGCAGUUGCUAUAGCUUCUGUAUCUACUGAUCUUCAUGAAAAAUUGCGCCCAUCUAAGUCAUUGGAUAAUUGUGAACAAUUGAAUUCCCCAUCAGCAUUGCAAGAAAACAAAACAUCAUGGGUGUCUCAGAUAUCAGGUUCUAAGCUAGCCGAUUUGUCAUUUGUCAGCAGAAUACGCGUUCCUCUGCCUAACGUAAAUGUUCCAAGUCCCAGCACCAGUUCUAGUUGCCUUUCGGGUUCUUCUUUUGGUACUUGUUCUGCAUUGGUCAACUUUUACGAAUCAGCAGCAUUGGCCAAAUGUGCUAAUCCGUCCACCUAUGAAUAUACAGUUCCUUCUUCACCUUCAGAGGUGUCGUAUAGAUGGCACUUACCAAAGCCAAAUGCUGUUGAUAUAUCAGGGAACUGUGAUUGUUCACCAGUAAAGUCUAAGACAGUGGUAGUAUUGUUGGGAUGGUUAGGUGCAAAGCAAAAGCAUCUAAAGAGAUAUGCAGAGUGGUAUGCAUCAAGAGGAUAUCAUGUCAUUACCUUUACUUUCCCAAUGUCUGAGAUUCUCAGCUAUCAAGUCGGGGGAAAGGCAGAACAGGACAUUGAACUUCUUGUGAAUCAUCUUGCUGAUUGGUUGGAAGAAGAGCAUGGAAAGAACUUGGUCUUCCACACUUUCAGUAAUACUGGAUGGUUAACUUAUGGUGUCAUUUUGGAAAAGUUUCAAAAACAAGAUGAUGCUUUAAUGAGAAGGAUCAAGGGUUGUAUUGUUGAUUCUGCCCCUGUGGCAGCUCCGGAUCCACAGGUGUGGGCUUCUGGAUUCUCUGCUGCCUUUUUGAAAAAGAAUAGUGUUGCAACAAAACGCAUCAUGACUUUAAGCGACAGAGACACAGAUGUGACAAUACAAGCCAAAACUUCUGCAGAAACUAAGCCUGCAGUAACUGAAGCAGCAUUGCUAUUAGUACUGGAGAAGUUCUUUGAGGUCGUUUUGAACCUUCCCACCGUAAACAGGAGGCUUUCUGAUGUUCUAGAUGUAUUGACAUCCCAGCAACCAAGUUGCCCACAAUUAUACAUAUACAGCAGUGCAGACAGAGUAAUUCCUGCGGUUUCUGUUGAGUCCUUUGUAGAAGAGCAACGAAGAAGUGGUCGCAACGUUAGAGCUUGCAACUUCAUUUCUACACCUCAUGUUGAUCAUUUUAGAAAUGACCCAGAAUUGUAUACUUCACAGCUCUCCCAAUUUCUAGAGAACUCCGUUUUAAGCUCUUGCAAACAAUAAUUCCUAACCACAUUCAUUCUUUUUUCCCCUCACUUUAACCAAAUACUUUGUAAAGCUUCUGUUUUCUAACUUUAAAGCAGAUAUACAUUUACCGUACAUUGGUGUAGAUUGCUACAUAUACGGAGAAUUAAGUUUUUUCAUUCUAAUUUAAUUUAGUUGUUUCUGUGGUUUCCCAGCA